AUGAAUUUUUUUAUUUUAAUAAAUAUUUUAUUUCUGUUGAAUUUUGCUGCUGCUCAGUUUCCAAUACCGGAGGGAAAAACAUGUGCUGAUUAUUGUCAGUCAUCUUCUGUUUUUGACCCGAAUGAAUUGUUUACUGGAAUUUUUUACAUGACUGAAACAAUUCCUUAUUUCUAUGAUGAGGACAUAAGAUGUGGUUACUUUACCUUCACUGAACCUGAUGAAAACAAGUAUCAUUUCAUAGAAACUUUGACUCAGUAA